GACCACCAAAAAAUUUGAAGUUCAAUGUUCUAUUAUUUAAUAAUUCAUCCUAACAUAUUAGUUUGGUUUGUCAAUAUUUGUCUUUAGUAAAAGUUACACAUUUCUAAUUAUGUCGCUGCUUUUACUUCGAAUAAAGAUUCUAAAGUGUUUAGUUUGAAUUUUGAAUCUUUAAAAAUUAGAAGCUAAAGUUGACGUACUUUUAAAAUCACAAAAUAUAAUCAUGGAUUUAUUUCCAUUCAAUUUUCCAAUGACGUUUCUCAAAACUGCAGGAAUUUGGCAAGACAGAAAUGUCACAUUGAUCUACAAACUUUAUGGACUAGUUAUGCAUCUUUUCUUUCUCGAUCAAAGCAUCGUUUUGCUUACAAUUCUCCUCGGGCAUUUAGUGAUAGAUCAAGAUAUGAUUGAAUUUACAGAAGUAUUCAGCAAAUCAUUGAGUAUCUAUCUUACAACUAUAAAAUCAUUUAUUUUUAUCAUCAACAUUGAAAAGAUUAAAUCUUUGAUGCAAAAAUUGUCUAAGUUACUUAAAUUCAGUAACUAUGGGAACAAAGAACGUCCAUUAAUAAUUCAUUAUGAGACCAAAAUAUCAAAACUUACAAGAUAUAAUUAUAAUUUUCAUUUUGUGAUAUGCACAUUGAGUGUAAUCAUGGCGAUUCUUUCAAGUGAUCGUCGCUUGCCUUUUAAGACAUGGGCCUAUGUGGAUUAUAAGAAUAGUGAUGGUGCUUACAUGUUUAUGAACUGCGGUGUCUAUUUAAUAUCAUUGUAUACAACAGGAAUCAACAGCAUGUUGGACUUCUAUCCACUAAUCUUUAUGUGUUAUAUUAUUGGUAUGUUAGAGGAACUAGGAAGCUACUUAAAAGUUGUUAAAUUUCAGGAACAUGUGAGGAACAAUCACAAAUAUUCAAACUUUUCUAAAAAGAUUGAAGAAUUCUCAAUUUUUGACAAAAUCUUAUCAAAUCCAAAAAAGUAUGAAGAAUCAAAAAUAAAUAAAGGAACAGUUGACUUACGAACAUGCAUAAGCUAUCACAUAAAAAUUAAAGAUUUUUGUAAUGAUGUGUCAGGAAACUAUGCUUUGCAUUUCAUGGUUCAAGGAUUUUUCAGUUCGUUGAUUCUGUGCUCAACAAUAUUUCAUUUGACUAAGAUAACAUUUGCAGAAGACAGUGGCUUGUUCCUUACAACUCUAAUGUACGCCAUCAUCAUGAUUUUACAAAUCUUACUUCCAUGUCACUUUGGAAACAUAAUAUUCUAUAAAUCACAUGAAAUAUCGAUGAAUCUAUUCCAUUCAGACUGGAUAUAUGGAGAUAGAACUUACACUAAGAAUGUAAAGUUGAUCAUGGAAAUUAUGAAGACUCCUAUGAGGAUCAAAGUUUAUGGAUUCUUUAGUGUUGAUUAUGAAAUUUUCAAAUCUGUAUGCAAUUUUGCUUAUUCGAUGUAUGCUGUGCUGAAUAAGAAGCAAAAUUAAGAGUCUGAGGGUUUGACACUAGAUGAAGUUCAGUUAUGAAGUACAACAUCAAAUAAGUAAGAUGGUUUCUAAAGCUUGGAUGCGACAGAGUGAUGAAAGAUGCUUAGUAGAAAUUAUUUGUCAAUAACAACUUACAAAAGUGAUAAUGACUUCAAGAUGAUCAAGCAAAUUGCACAUUUUUUCACAGGAAGACACUUAAACUUUUUAUUCUAAACACAUUAAACUGCAAAUAAU